CCUCGAAUAUAUUGUUUAUUUCAUUCAUUCGAUCCUCACGUGGCUGUUUAUGAAUGAAAAUUUGUGGAUUGUGAGGAGAGAUGGGUUCAGAAAGCUCUGGCUCUGGAGUUGAGUGUUUUUGGGGGAAUUUGAAGGAUCAUCCACGGUGUCCUCAUGGUCCCACAUUAUUAUUUGGAAAACGAGAAAAUGGGGAAAUCAAGCAGCAUUUCGCCUGCUCAGCUUGCAGAGAUCGAAAACUAUGUGCCUUUUAUUUAGAAAAGACCGAUAAACUCACGAAAAUUCAGAAGACCACAUGGCAGACGGAAUCUCGAAAGUUUUCCCUGCAGUACGAUCACAGGAAAUAUUUCCUGAGGCUCAACGAAAUUUUGUCUGAACGUCCAGAGAACAGGGGAUUCUGUCACACCUGUGGAAGACUAGUCUUCAUCGGUGAGAUCCAUAAGCACAAGGAUCACGAUUCGAUUACUGGAAUCACUAAUGAGGAGCUGAAGAACCCCACGAAAAUCCUAAAACCACUCUCGAAUCCGAAGAAAGAGGCCCAGUACAUGUUCUCGGAGAAAGCAACAGCUGAUGUUGUCGAUUUAUUGAUAAAAGCCGGGGCUAAACAUGUUUUGUGCAUUGGGGCACCUCGAAUUCAUGAAUAUAUUAGUAAAAAUCACGAGGAGAUGACGAGUUUGUUGCUGGACUUCGAUGGGAGAUACCACAACUUCUUCGGGCCUUUGAGCUUCUGCUGGUACAAUCUCUUCAAUCACCACUUCUUCAGCGAAGAAGCCCGGGAAGUCUUCAGGGACUUCCUGACCCAAGACAAUGGAACGAACGUAUUUUUAGUCUGCGAUCCACCGUUCGGUGGACGAGUGGAGUUCAUGUCCCAAACGAUAAAGUCAAUAACAGAUUCUCACAGGGUGUGGAAUAAACUUGAAACCGACACCUUAAAGAUAUUCUUCAUAUUCCCCUAUUUUAUGGAAUCCAUAAUGCAGAAUAAAUCGAAUCCGAGAGGUGUGGAGGGAGGUCUGAAGGAUCUGCAGAUGUCAGACUACAAAGUUGAUUAUGAAAAUCACCCCCUCUUUGUAACUGGCUCGAGUGGCAGAAAAUAUGGCUCCCCAGUUCGAAUAUUUACAAAUGUCUCUUUAAAUCUGUUGAAAUUACCAGGAGAUGGGUACAAGUGGUGCAAGAGAUGUGAUAAGUGGGUAGCCAGUGAGAAUAAACACUGCAAAUUAUGCAAAUCGUGCACCUCGAAGGACGGCAGACGGUACAGACAUUGUAAAAUUUGUAACAGAUGUGUUAAACCCACUUGGAAACACUGUGAUAAAUGCCAACGAUGCGUUCUCGAGAAACACGCCUGUGGGAUUAAACCAAAAAUUACGGGCGAGUGUUUCAAGUGCUCCAGAACAGAUCACAUUGCAAAGGACUGCCCCGGGGAAAAGCUUCCUAAAAAACGAAAGACCCCAGCCGAUGGCUCGCCGAAGAAAAAGAAGAGAAAGCUGGAGGGAGUUUCAGUAAAAAAAUCUACACCACUCACAAAAAAAUAUCUCAAAAACCUAUCAUUGAAGAAUACGAAUUGAAUAAACCUGUUUAAAAUUCCUAAAUCCUGCAUUUUUCUUUCAAUGACAAUAUAAUUUAUCAUA